ACAAUUAUGUAACCUCAGUGUUGGGGUGCACUCAUUUCAGUGAUUUGCAAGAGGAGAAGCCAUAAAACAUCUCACGCACGAGUGGAAACCUGCGGUGGAGACGAAAAAACGACGAUUCUUUGAUUAUCAUUAUUAUUAUUUUUAUCCAAUCAGACGGAUGCAGACACCGGGAUCCGGCUGGAGAUGCGGAGAAUAAUUUGCCACAGAUUCCUCUGCAUAGUGGAGGCACUAUCACAGACCACGUGAGAGGAAUAUUCAAUGACGGUCCCCGACAGACCGGCUCAUCUCCACUGGCACUCCUCUGCUGCUGACAUGGACUCUUGGACACUGUGCGCUCUGAGCUUCCCAGAAACGGAGCAGGAGGGAGGACGACACUCUGUCUGAAUGUAACCUUUGAUUUCUUUUUGGCGUUUUCUCUUCUUUUUCUGUUCUUUUUUUUUUUUGGUUUGUUUGUUUUUCUUCUUCUUCUCUCUAAGUCAGAACACUUGGGUGAGUAUGGCUUGGCCGUGCAUCAGCAGAGUGUGCUGCCUGGCUCGCUUCUGGAACCAGUUCGACAAAUCGGACCUGUCCGUCCCGCUCACCAUCCAGAACUACUCGGACAUCGCCGAGCAGGAGGUGCGGUCCGUCACCAAACAGGUCUCCGCGUCGGAGCGCGCACCCGGGAAUAACUACUCAACCCCGGAGCCCCGCGCCAAUAAAGGCUCCCCUCAGGCGCCCGGUGAUGGAGCGGGAACCCGGGGAUCGUUCAGGGCGCGGAAGGAACCCAGCUACAAGCCCCGGGAGGACUACCAGCCGCCCGGAGUGCCUUUCCCCAGCGUUACGCAGUACAAGCAGGAUUUCAAACCCUGGCCCAUUCCGAGGAAGGAGAAUUUCCCGUGGAUUAGUAACGGGGGCAGCAGGGCGGACAGUGUUUCGGACAGUCCGGUGAACAGUUACCACGUCCAGGAGAGAGAGGAGCGGGGCAGGGGGCAGAGGUGGGGGGAGCAGCAGGUGAUGGAGGAGAGCAAAACCAGCUCCUACAGGCAAGAGUACAGGCCGUGGACGGGGGUGAAACCGGCCAAAAGUGCGAGGAAAAACCCUCCAGCUCAGUACUCCAGUCCAGGGACAGAAGCCACCCACAUCCCCCGUGAGACCAGCUACCAGGCCGCCUACAGCGGGGAGGUCAGCAGGUCCACAGGUCUGCAUCAGGGGGAGCACACCAUCCCAUCUGCCGCCUCCUACGUACAACCUGCCCCGGUCCCCCACCCCGCCUCAUCUUCACCCUGCCCCUCCAGCCUCCAGCAGAGCAUCCUGCCCGAGAGGACCGAGCUCAGUGGAACCGCCAAGGGAGAGGAACAUCUGGUGAGGACCAAACUCCCUCCGAACCCUUCCGCUGUCUUUCAAAGCGGAUCGAGGGUCUUCAACAUCUGACAGCCGCUGCGAUUUCCCAACCAUUCCACUUUGACCUGUUUCGAUUUUAAGGAAUCAACAGGGGAAUGUUUUCAGUCCAUUCCACAACACAAGAAUCUAUGCAAGGGAAUGUAUUGUUGUGAAGCCUGUGGAGCUGCAGUGUCCCAAAGUGGAGACACAUAGAUGGACACCCUCCUUUUACACUCCUUCCUGCCCCCCGUUACUAUGGAAAUGAAUAUGCAUGUAACAGAAUAGUUUUGAAACAAGCUUUUUUUUUUUGGUUUUGUUUUUGCGGUUAUAGACGCACAAGAAACUGGCUGCUCUGUGUGUGUGUGUUUGUGUGUGUGAGAGUUUUUUUUGUGUGUGAGCCUGCUGAUUUGUCCCUUUUAUUGUACAUAAUGUUGAGUCUGCAUCGAGAGUGUGUGCUUACAGUACUAUGUUGCCCUUCGGUGUUGCUAGAAAUCUGCUCGAAAAUAAGUUAUUUCCUCAGUAAUCAAUUCACUUACUAUUUUGGGAGAGUAUUGUUCAGUCUCAUUUUGUAAAUCUAUUGUUAAAGAAAAGGUGCAAAUACACAAUGUAAGUGAAAUUACAAUAAAAGAUGAUUAGCUAGGUUCUUAGCACUUUCUCUCUGAAGCCUCCUUGGCUGCAUUUUUUUAUUUAUUUUUUGGUGAAUCAUUAGUCUUUUAUGGGAUCCUAUGAAUGGAGUCCUGAUUGCAAUAAUUCGCUAUUGUGCAAAAGGUCAGGUACUAUGAAAGCUGAUUUUUUUUUUUUAAUGUCAAAAUAAUGCAAUACUAUACUUAUGUUCUCUUUUUACCUUCAAUGCUCAAAGGACCAGCAGCCUCAGCGAACAAAAGAAAAUAUUUUCUGACUUAUCUAAUCAGUAUAUAUCCAUGCAGAAAGUUUUGGUUUUAAUUAAGCCCCUUACGAACACAAGAGAGGUGAGAGGAUUUUUAUCACAGCAUUAAAACUUAUUAUGAAGCAGAAGUUUAACAUUUUGGGGAAUACAUUUAUGUGCUUUCUUUCCGAGAGUUAUAUGAAAGGAUUGAUUGCAUUGUGCCUCUUAGGUAUAAUUCUAUAAUGAACAUAUCUAACUCUCAGCUAAGAAGUAAAUAAGUAUAUUUCCCAAAGUGUCAAACUAUUCUGGUAAAAUAAUUGACCGGCAUUCUCUUUUUCAAAAAUAUUGUUGUACUAUUCCACAAAUCUUGCUGUCAACAAUACUAUAGGAAGUAUUUCCUUUACAGAAAGCAUUUCCGAUGAAGACUAUGGACAGUGAGGAGACGAUGUUUAGAAAAACAGAGACAACGUAUGAGGCAGAAAUAUAAAUCUGGCACAUUUUAAACCUAGUUUUUUGCUUUUCAACUUGGAAUUUGAGUCAACUGGCAGUUUAACUCAAGGGUAACAACUACCUGCAUCACUGUCUCUGGUUUAAUGAACUGCACAGAAUUUAUUCUUAUCACAAUUAUCAAAAAACAAACUGAAAAAAAAAACAUGUUCAACACAAGUCAGGUUUGCAAGAAAUAUUUUUAAAAGUUUAUUAUAAGAAUAUUGAUUAUAUUUUUGGUUUGCACCGAAACAUGAAAAUACAAUGUUUAGGUUUAUCUUCUACACUAGUUUGAUUUGGUUCAACAGGCAUUAGAACCACUCAGCCCAAACACAUUCACUUGUCCAAUCAGCCACACAUUCACAUGAUGCAAAGCUCCACAUUAAAGAGAAUUACCGAGACAACACAACCUUGUUUGUAUCAACUGACAAAAAACACACACUAGCAUUCACUUACCAUCAAAUUCAUUGACUUCUGUGGGGAGACUACAUCCACUAACCACACAUAGUCAUAUAAACACACUCACUACUGUUGGGGCAUCACUAUUCGCAGGUGUCGAUAUUAGAUAAAAAAAUAAACAGUAUUUGAAAACA